AUAUAAACACUUGUAAAAAGUUUAUUUAAUAUGUGACUUUUAUUUUUGUUGCAACUUAUCUAAUGAAUUAAUAAAUUAAUUUAAUUAUUAAUUAAUAAUAUUAUAAUAAUUAAUUAUAAUAAAGUAUUUACAACAACAACAACAAAAUGAUUUUCUCGGCACUGUUUAGUUUAAAUUCAUUAAUUAUUAUAACAACACUAUUGAUAGCAAUUUAUUUCUAUUUGACCCGAAACUUUAAAUUCUGGUCAUCCCGGGGUAUCAAUGGCCCGAAACCAAUACCCGGUUUGGGCACAAUGUGGCAAAUAUUUUCCAAAUCAUUAGGUGAAAUAAAUAUGGAUAACUAUAAAAAAUUUGGCAAAAUUUAUGGAUUAUUCAUUGCCGAUCGUCCAGUACUUGUGGUAUCGGAUCCCGAAAUAGUCAAAGAUAUGAAUAUUAAAGACUUUCAUUUGUUUGUCGACCGCAACGACUUCGAAACGGGUGAUCCGAUUAACGACAGAUCAUUGUUUAACUUGAAAAGUGACGACUGGAAGAAAAUGAGAUCAAUUAUAUCACCGACAUUUUCAUCCGGUAAAAUGCGUUCAAUGCAUCCGAUUAUUAUUGAUUGUAUCAAACGUUUGGACAAACACUUAUCGGACAAGAAAGAGGUUGAAAUGAAGAAAACAAUGGGUAAUCUAACGAUGGAUGUCAUAGCUAUCUGUGCGUUUGGUACACAAAUCGAUACAUAUAAUGACCAAAAACGCAAUGAAUUUAUAUUGAAUGCCCAGAAAGUGUUUCGGGGCAGUUGGCGUGUUUGGGCAGUGUUUGUAUUGAUGCAAAUAUCGCAAAAACUGUUGCAAUGGUCGGGUCUGAAAUUUUUGGAUCCGACGGCAACUAAUUUUUUUGUUAACGCUAUUAAGUCAAUAGUCACGCAAAGAAAAUCUGAGAUCAAUGGCAAAAAACAUAAGGAUUAUCUACAGUUGAUACUAAAUGCACAAAACAAGACAAUGGACACGAGUGAUGAUCAGGAAGUGAUUGGUGGCGACAAAAGCGAAGAACUUUAUGGUACGACAGACAGUCUGAAGUAUAAUAAACCAAAAGGAGAUAUCACUGAUACGGAUCUGUUGGCCACUUCGUUAUUAUUUUUUGUGGCCGGUUACGAGACAACGGCCACAACAUUGGCUCAUCUGUUUUAUUCGUUGGCCAUCAGUCCUGAUUGUCAACAAAAACUGUACGAAGAAGUAAACAAAUUUAAUGGUAACUACGACUACGAAACUAUAGCCCAAAUGCCAUACCUGGAGGCCUGUAUUGCCGAAACAUUACGUAUCUAUAAUCCRCUUACGGCUGUUAGUCGUCAGGCUGUUGAAGAUUAUACUAUAGGCGAUACCGGACUAACAAUUCCCAAAGGAAUGCUCGUUAACUUUGAUAUUCAAGUACUGCAUCACAAUCCCGAAUACUAUCCCGAACCCGAUCGUUGGGAUCCCGAACGGUUUAUGCCCUACAAUCGGGAUAAGUUAGUUCCCUAUACUUAUAUGCCGUUUGGUUUGGGUCCCAGAAAUUGUGUGGGAAUGAGGUUUGCAUUGAUGGAAGUCAAGACAGCUGUCGCAUACCUGAUCACAAAAUACAAGUUUGUAAAGACAGCCAACACUACUAUUCCGUUGAAACCCAAGAAAUAUGAAAUCCUUUUGACUACCGAUGCUAUAAACGUUGGAAUUGAACACAGAAUUUAA